AAUCGCACAGAGUUGAAUCCUGACAUUAUGAUCGGCCUUACUGAGUUUGAAAGGAAGCUUGCAAGGCACUUUGACAGAGUUGAGAUUCGUGGUAAAGGGUCAAGAAUGGUACCUGUGCUUCUCACACCUGACAUGAUCGCUGCAAUGGACCUCCUCAUGACAAACAGGAAUGACUGUCAAGUCUGCACAGAGAAUGUGUACUUGUUUGCACGCCCAGGUGUCCUUUCCCAUUACAGAGGCUCUGACUGCUUUCGCAAGUAUGCUAAACAAUGUGGUGCAAAGUACCCAGAGGCCCUCACCUCAACAAGAUUGCGGAAACAAGUCGCCACUUUGUCCACAGUACUAAACCUUAAAGAAAAUGAAAUGGAUCAACUUGCCACCUUCCUCGGACACAACAUCCGUGUCCACAGAGAAUUCUACCGGCUUCCAGAGAGUACCCUGCAGCUUGCAAAAGUCAGCAAACUGUUGAUGGCAAUGGAAAAAGGAAAACUGUCUGAUCUGCAAGGGAAAGGGCUGGAUGACAUUGAGAUCAAUCCUGACGAUGAAGUAACCACGAGUGAUGAUGAUUCCAGCGAAGAAACCAUUGCUGACCGACAUCAACACAAAGGCUCAAGAACUGAGACUCCUGGGGAUCCAAGCCAUGCACUUGACUCAACCACCCUGGACAGCAUGGAGGGCACGUCUGACUCAACUACCUUGGACAACAUGGAGGGCACGUCUGACUCAACCACCUUGGACAACAUGGAGGGCACUUCUGCUUCAGCCACAUCGGACAACAAAAACGGCAACACUGAACCAAGAAAUGAUUCCCAGCAGAGCACAGCACUUCAAGUGGGUACAUCCCAAGCAUCCUCAAAGUGCUCCAAUGGAAAGCAAGAUGGGAAGGUGAGAAGCAAGUGGACAGGUGACGAAGUGAGGGCUGUUGAGCAGCACAUGUUGCAUUUCAUAACGAGCUGCAGAGUACCAGGUAAAAGGGACUGUGACUCCUGCCUCCAAGCAGAGCCGGUAGCUCUAAAAGACAGAGACUGGGUUGCCAUCAAAUACUACAUUCACAACAGAAUCAUAGCAUUAAAAAGGAAGAUGAAUAGAUAGAACUUGAUCAUGCAAACUGUGGCCAAGGUACUAUUCUAUGUCAGUUGAACUGAAUUUUAUUUUUAUUCGAUGUUUGUAAAAGAUUGUUCUCAGUUGCUCAGUCCUGCCAAAUGUUCAGAUUAAUGAGCAUGUUUCUUUCAACCCCCACUCUCCUGGUUUUAUUCACAGUACCUGCCAUAAUUUCUUUUAGAAAAUGGGGUUUAAGAAGAUUAAGUACUUUCUCUAUUGCUUGUUGAAACUUCUUAAAAGAGAUCGUUUCUUCCAUAGUUAUCUCCUAAGUUUUCAGCAUUGCGUUGUUCUUACCCAUAAGUUGUUGAAUCUGGUUUUUGAAGUAUUAGACAAUUCACUGGAAUGGGAGCUAUGUAAAUUCUGAGUUUAUUUAGAAAGGUUAGCUGAAUAUACUUUUUCAUAGAAGCUGUAAGCUUCAAUAGAGAGUUAACUGUCUUUUUUUAUAGAAAGAUACAAAACUGGUUCAGUUCAAACAUGCCUUGUCUACUGCACUGCCUUAUAUCCAUGAGGGAAGGAGGCCAGAUUUCUGUAUUUUCUGUGGUCUGUUCUGUUUCAAUUUACAGAUUUUGCCAGCAAUUAAAAAAGAAAGAAUGGCAGAAA